AUGUCUGUCAGCAGGAAGGACUGGUCCGCGCUGUCCAGCCUGGCCAAGCAGAGGUCUGUAGAGGAUGAGGAGGAGUGGGAACGUGAGCGCCGCCGGCAACAUCGCAACCAGAGCUCCACCAACAACAACGAGGAGUCUCCCAAGCUCACCCAGAAUGGAGAUGGACGCCCUGCGGACAGGCUGCCAAGCUUGGAGGAAACAGAGGCCCGGACACCACCAUCCCCAGCCUCCAAAAAUGAGGACGAGGACUUCCAGGCCAUCCUCAGGACGAGGCGGGAGCGGAGGCAGAGGCGACAGGCACUAGAGGCUGUGCAGUCUCCCAUUCAGGAGAGGCUGAAGGCAGAGGAGGGCAGAGACAGCUCCGACCCUGGACAGACCAAGCAGCAGCCUCUAGUGCCCAAGAAGGAACUGGACGCCCCACCUCGCCGUAGACUGAGCCGGGAGCAGAGAGGUCCCUGGGCCAGAGAGGAGGAGAGCUUGGUGGGAAGAGAGCCAGGAGAAGGGAAGAAGGGGGCCCCAGAGAAGACCCCAGUCUCAGAGAAAACCUCUGUUCAUGAGAAGACAUCAGCAUUUGAGAAGAGAUCCAUCUCAAAUGAGAAAACUUCCCUCUCUGAAAAGACAUCUGAAAAAACAUCAGUGUCAGAGAAGAUAGCCAUCUCAGAGAAAAGAUCCAUCUCAGAGAAGAAAUCAGUUCCAGAAAGAACAAACUUCUCAGAGAAGACGUUGACCCCCGAGAAACCAUCAAGCUUAGAAAGGAAAAAGGUGUCUGAGAAAGCAGCCAUCUUUGAGAAAACACUAGCCUCAGAGAAGACCCCGACCACAGAGACAAAGUUGACCCUCAAGAGGGCAGUAGCCUCUGAGCAGCCCCAGGAGCAACUGACCUCUGAGGGGGCCCAGCCUUCCACCAAGGAGCAAAGAAGACGAGCCCUCCCUGAGAAGAGCCCCCCUCCCUCUGCAGAACCAAGAGAGCAUGGGGAGUCAGACUCUUUGACUCUGGGCUCCCGCCUCCCGGCCUUCACACUCCAGGUGAAAGUCCCCAGCAAGGAGGAAGAAGCAGACAUAACCUCGCCCACCCAGGCCACCUACAGCAGCUCCCUCAGACGUUCCAGCUCCAGGACCAUAUCCUUCCGGAUGAGCUCCAGGAAGGACAACUCUGAAACUACCUUAACCCGCAGUGCCAGCAUGAGGCUCCCGGCUAGCUCAGUGAAGUUAGGAGAGAAGCUGGAGAAAUAUCAAAUGGCCAUACAGAGAUCAGAGGCCCUCAAGUCUCCAGGCUCCACCCGCACAGAGUUCUUUGUGGCUCCUGUGGGGGUCUCCAGUAAGCGCCACCUCUUUGAGAAGGUGCUGCCCAGCCAGAGUCAAGCAGAACCAGCCUCCAGCCGGAAGGAGCAUUUGAGACUCUCAGGGGUUGUGACAUCUAGGCUCAACCUAUGGAUCAGCAGGACCCAGGAGUCUGGAGAUCAGGACCCACAGGAGGUGCAGAAAGAGUUGGCAGCUACCAAGAGGACCUCGUGGGGGAAGAAGUCAGAUCCACCCCUGGAUGUAGAGCUCUGCAAAGCCCCCCUCUUCAACCAGUAG